ACAAGUCAAAACAUAACACACCACCGAGCUCUGCUGCUCAGUCAUACUUUGCCAGAUUCCACUAAACUAAAGAAGUAAACAAUGGUAGAUAUUUUCAACCUACUGAAGAAAAAAUGGCACAUCCCGAUGAGCUUGAACUGACUGAUGCUUUGUUUCAGGCCAUUGAACAAGACAGGUUCAGGUUAGCGGAGUCCUUGUUGAAGAAAGGAGCCAGUCCUAACCUGAUUCUAUCAUCUGGCAUCAGUCCUUUUCAUCUGGCCAUCGGAGCUGACACAAGCAAUACUCUAGACUUUGUUAAACUACUUCUGGAGCACGAUGGCAACCCAAAUAUAAGAUCUGAAGACGGCCUGACACCUGUUCAUGUAGCUGCCACAUGGGGGCGCUAUCAAGCUCUUAGCCUGCUUCUACGGAACGGUGGAAAUCCUGACCUAUGUGACGAGGAGGGUGCUACUGCUAUUGAUUUGGCAAAUGAACAAGGGAAUACUGAGUGCUACAAUGUCAUGAGGACUUACAAACCUGACGAGGAACAGGAGGAACCAAAUGAGCAGAGUCUAGAAGACGACAAUGUUUUCACAGAACAUCAAACGAGCGGAGCAAGUCGUCAGAGUUUCCGUGAACCUCACCCUGACCACAAUUGGCAAUUCAGCAACUCAUCACUCGACUGCCUCCAAGAUUCUACACAUCAGUCACUUGAUUCCACUGGCCUCUCAGACUACCUCCAAGAAUCUUGUAUCUCAUGUUCUUCCUACUCUGCAGCUCACACUGAACAAGACAAAAAGUACCUGUCAAGAUCUUUCUUUCCAGAUUUAGUUCCGAGCAUUGGGGCAGAGGCUGAUAACUAUUUUGAGCCCAGUGAGGGUGAUUUUUGUCAUCCUAAACUCAAAACAGCAAGGAGAGAGUACUUUCGGAAUGAGAAUUUCAGAACCAGUUUUGGCGUCACAGGAACUAGAAACAAGUCUUCAGGGACUAGUUCAAUCCCUGAUUUCAAACCACUGAGCCAUGAUAAAGAUUCCGAAAAGAUGGACACUAAACUGAGAGAGCAUUCCAAGAGCACAAACAACAAAGCAAGUUUCGAAGUUGGCGAAAAGACAAAACCAAGAACAGACAGACGGACGCUUUCAGAACCGAAACAAGUCUUGGUUGGACAAAGUGAGUGUCGUUCAGAAAUAUUGGAGACAACACAGAGGGAAAAAGGCAUCAGAUCAAAUCUGACUGUUGGUGGAAGGAAAGUACCGUCUAGAAGAAUUUUUUCAGAAUCAACACCGGUUUUUAAGGAAAGUGAAAGAUGUUUGGAAAUAUUUAAAGGUAGUGGUAACUCUCCAGUGUCCGUGUUACAAGAUGAAGAUGACACGACUGAUGAAUCUGAGCUGUCUUCUUGUGAUCGAACUCUGUCAUCUAAGGAACUUGAAGAAGCCCUGAGUGAGAGCUGCCAUGGCCUGGAUCUAACCUCCCCAGACCAUCCCACCGUCUUUACAAAAAUCUGCAGCUCCCAAAGCGGUGAAACCCCACCCUUGGACAAGACUGUUAUAUAUAUACCAUCAAGAAGAUCAACUGCUUUGAUCAACAAAAGUCUUCUCGAAGAACAAUCGACUGAAGUGUCGCUUGAGAGUAGAGUCUCUAACACAAGUGAUGAAAGCUCUGCGUAUGUUACUUGCCAGAGUGAUGACAUGUUUUCUUGCAAUAGCAAGAAGCAGAUCCCGGAUAAGUCGAAGAGGAAUUCAAGGAGAGUCACUUUCAGUGAUGACUCUGAAUCUUUCAUGAAAGUACCCAAAACAACUCAUUGUAAUGAAGCCAGGGAUAUGGAUGUAAGACGCAGUGAUCAGGAUAAAAUGCAGGGUAAGAAUCUGUCGCAGCAAACUUCACAGCAAGAUCAAAGACAAUUCGUUGAGGAAGCCAGCAGUUCAUUAGAAGACAGUUUGAUUACAUCUGAUGAGGAUUCCCUUUUGCCUAGUAGAGAGCAGUACGAGAGCUCAUGUAGGCAAGGGAGCCAGGUUAGUGACGACUAUGGUUGUGCCACAACAAUCGGAAGAGUUGCCUUUCAAAGGUGCGAGACCUCAGAAGACCCUCAGUCAUUAAACCUUCUAAGACCAGGCAACGUGUCCGAACAAGAAGACAUUGAGACCUUAUAUCAUGAUCCUCAAACUGGAACUACUUUAAUUGAGCGCCAGUGUCCCUCAGCCAUGUCCACCCAUCAAGACAUGUCCGUCUUAGAGUACAGUAUCAUCUCAAGCGAUGACACAAUGCUGUAUGACUGGAGAGACUUCCAGAUGGAGGAGGAUGACGAGCAGCUUGAGGCUCCUUCGCUGUCUCAGGAACUUCUAGAGUUGACAGAUAACGGAAUAAGAGAAAUGAUGAGGAAGUAUGGGGAAGAGGCUGGUCCUAUUACGUCGACCACUCGUCUGGUUUACUUAAGGCAUUUAGCUAAAAUGCAAGAGGAUCCAAGCUUUGCUAAGCGAGCUGCAAGCAGACAUAAUACAGAGGGUUUCCGAUGGGAACUAGCGGAGUAUCUAAACACAGGUCACCUGAAAGAAUCGCACCACACGAUGGUAGCAGAGGAGCAGUUAAUGGUCGCACCAUUCCAGAUACCCGACCAGUCUCGCAAAUGGCGCGAAGGAACCCUCAAGUCUUCCUUUAACUACCUGUUGUUAGAUCCAAGAGUUACCAUGGACCUACCUGGGCGCUACACACAACUCACUGAGCUAGAAACAUUCCGGGUAUUUGUUGCUGCAACGUUUUACAUAGGGAAAGGGAAGCGUGGGCGACCCUAUGCACACUUCUAUGAAGCUCUUUCUUCAAUGAAACCACCGAAAGAUAAAGACGCUGACAAAUCAGCGAAAGCUGCAAAGAAGCAACCUGGUGCCAAAGUAAAUCACAUCUUAGACAUAUGGUCAGCUGGUCUAGGAGUAGUGUCACUACACUGCUUCCAGAGUGUCAUACCAGUAGAGGCAUACGCAAGAGAAGCAUGCAUGGUGGAAGCUGUAGGUCUGAGUCGAUUAACAAAUAUCAAGAAGGGUGAUUUCUAUGGUCCAUCUUCAACAUGGCCUGUGAGACAGAGAAGACAGAUGGGCGUGUUCCUUCUGAAGAAAGCCUGCCAGAUCUUCCUGAUCGAAGGAGAACGACAAAUUCGACCGGUAGACAUCGCUGUUGGUCAAUAAACGUCAUCUGUAGUUAAUAUUGUGACAAUUGCAGGAAACAAACACACUCACUCGGACGGCUACAGGCGGGCUCGAGUAUGGCUUUUCCAAGUGAUUCAGUCUUGCAUAAGGGUGGCCAGUUGUUCUAUUGAUUCUAAACUGGUGUCCUUUUGCAGCACCCCGAUCAUGCCGGUGUAAGACAUUUUUGAUCUUCAACGUCUCCAGGAAUUAAAACACACAUUUUGUUUGCAAUUUCGUCCCCUAUUCGUUUGCCGUCCAUGUAAAAAACUCAAAAGUAUUUCUUUGACCAGGUCCAACAAGUCUCUCUGAAUUUGCAAUGAUCAAAUCUGAGAAAAAUUAUUCAAUGUGCCAAAGUAAAAAAAGAAAGAAAAAGAAGGUGCCUGGAAGAUUACUUACCAGUGUAAAACCUUUUAUGAAAGAAGUUUUCUGAUUUAUACUUGUAUUCUUUAGGAAAUUUAAUCAGUUGAAAGUUUGUUGUUUGAGUUCAUACUGUCAAUCACUGAGGUGAGGUAGAGGAGCAUUUACCCACAAAUUCCAUCGCCAUUUCCAAGUUUAUGCGCACACACAGAAAAAUGUUUGUAAAUGUGUAAACCGAGGACAUCCCAUGGUUUGGACUUCUACAAUCGUUUUUCCGGAUGUUCACCUACAAACACACGGUCACUGUGUUCCUCUACACUUUCAAAAACGAAGCAUACAGGCCUGAACUAGCAAAUGAUGGUUCUGUGCAUACAAUUGGCCAAUCAUGUGCUUUCUAAACGAAAAAAAAACAAAGCUUAGAGCAAACUUUGCUAGCGCACUACCAUUGUUGUUUGUUUUAAGUUAUUGUUAUUACUUUUUGAUAGAUCUUGAAAUGUAAUAUUGUAAUAGCAAACCCCUCUUUCAACCAUUCAAUGUAUCAUUUCAUUGUAAAUACAGUAAACUAUUAUAAUAAUAAUAAUAAUAAUAAUAAGACUUGUAAUGCGCACAUAUCCACCCUGCUGGGUGUUCAACUAUUGCCAUUGUACUUACCAUCUUUCUUUGCGUUUAAAGGUACUGGUCACUAUCGGUAAUUACUAUAAAAAACUGUUAGCAUAAAACAGUUGUUAAUAGUAUAAGACAUU